UUCUCUUUGUACGUUCUUCUUGUUUCAUACUUAUUUUGGUGCAUAUAUAAAGGAUUGACGCUCUAGAAUUACAUGAAUUAUUCUAUUUCAUAGUAAUUAUUAGAAUACAAAGUGAAAAUGUUUUGUCGAGUAUGCGGUAUUGUUGACGAGCAUUACAAUGAAAAUGCUGAUGUUCACCACGAUGAUACGCCUAAACACCAAUGUAACUUGAUUUUGUUGAACUACAAAAUGAACAAGAAACACUUUUCUAAAAAUAAAGAUGGGAUGAUUAUAAUGUGCAGUGCCAAGAGUGAACCUCUCGAUGAUGCUACAGUGACAAAUGUAGAAAGCACAGGCAACCAUAAAAUUAGGAUAUAUGUGAAACCAAAACAGAAAGCACAGUUUAGCUUCAGUAUAUCAAAUGAUAUGAAAAAUGAUAAUGUUUUAGUUGUUGGUAUACAACUGGCACAUCCUCAACCUCAGUUCGAAAUGAACUAUCAUCCGUAUCAGUUUGGUGAAGAUCCGAAAGUUCUUAAAAAAAAAUCUUCAAUUAAAGAAGAUAUUAUUGUCAAUUUUAAGUCAGAUGACAUUGGCCAUUUUGAAAUGCCCAUUAUGUUUACAUUUGUUAAGCAAAGCAAAGAAGGCCAAGAUGAGAAGAAUCUAAUUUUUAUAAGAGAAAUGGUGGUGUUUGUGCAAGAAUGUGAUAUGUCAGUCACCAGAAAUAAAAGUAUUUACGACAGUGAACUGUGGGAAGGGGUGAAGCAAACCAUACCAUCACUUUUUCACGUGCCAACUGAAGUAGCAUUUAAAAUACCAAAGCUUCUAAAGAUUCUUCUUCCCCGAGGCCUCGAAGAGAAAGCUCUAGAAGGUUUGCAGAUUCCAGUGGGUGUUCAAUUAGACCAAUUAAUGUUAGUUUUGGUUGGUACGAGGGCUAUAUUCGAUGAAGGUCCCACAAAAAUUAACUACAUGAAAUAUUUCCACCAUUUACUUUGGUGGGAGGAAAUAAUCGCGAGGAUAAAUUUAAGGAAGUAUAAUAUGAAGGGUGUGUAUCUCAAAGUAACUGGCGAACUUUUAGUAAUGGAGGUACCAGGUUUGGCUGAAAAGAGGCCGUCGUUGCUGAGAGGUGAUUACGUCUAUCUGAGGUCGCAAGAAAAACCUGAUUUGGUGUUUGAAACUACCAUUAAAGAUAUAGAAGAUUGUUGUAUCCAACUGGCCAACGUUGAUGAGUCGUUCUGGGAAUUCUACGGACCGGAGGUUGCUUUCAACGUCCGCUUCAUCAUGUCCCGUGUUCCAGUGGAACGUGCUCACGAGGCUGUGUCUCGUCUUUUCGAAAGAAAGCAAGACUGCCGGGUCUUCCCUGAGCCACCAGCCCGGAAGAUACCCGCCACGAGAAUCACUAAAUUCUAUAACAAACUUAUAUAUAAGAACGAAGAGCAGAAAUCAGCAGUGGAGCACAUUGUAUCAGGGACUUGUGGUUUGGCGCCCUACAUCGUAUUUGGACCUCCCGGAACAGGGAAAACAAUGACCAUUGUGGAAGCGAUCGUUCAGAUCGUAGCACGCAAUCCAAAGUACCGUGUUAUGGUGUGCACUGAUUCCAAUAUGGCCGCCGAUCACAUUGCUUUGAUGCUGUUAAAAUAUAACAAAAUGCUUAAUAUCAGUAACUUUCUGCUUCGGGCCAGCUCGCAGUCUAGAGAAUGGAGUGUUUUACCUUCAGGGUUGGCUGCUGUCUCCAACGGUACCAGUUACAGUACCUUCCACGUCGUCAGCAACGUGGAGGUCUCCAAGUAUAGGAUCUUCGUCACAACACUGUCGCAUGCGGCUAAAUAUGGAACGAAUCGAAGCCAGGCUUCUCAUAAGCUGCAGAUGUCUCACCUGUUCAUCGACGAGGCGGCUCAAGCUACUGAGCCGGCGACCUUAAUUCCAGUAUGCGGUCUUUUAGCACCAAAUGGUCUACUAGUACUGGCAGGGGAUCCACAACAGUUAGGACCCGUCUGCAUCUCCAAAGAAGCCCGCGACAGAGGCCUAGGGCAGUCGCUGUUGGAACGCCUUAAGAAGACUCACGAGAAUCUGUACACAGAUCGUAAUUUCAUAACAAUGCUCGUUAAGAACUUUCGAUCCCAUCCAGAUAUAUUGGCGAUCCCCAAUGAACUGUUCUACGACAAUUGCCUUCAGGCUUGUGCGGAUCCAGAUCCUCUGAGCUGUCGCAGCAUUCUGGGAGAGGGUGCAGAGCGAGCUCUAAUAUUCCAUGCAGUGCACUCAAGGGAACAAAGGAUGGGCAACGCACCCAGUUACUUCAAUGAAAAAGAAUUGGAGAUGCUGAAGAGAUACACCAAAGCCUUGAUUGAAAAUCACAGUGUGUCUGCCAAAGACAUUGGUAUUAUAGCACCUUAUAUAAGACAGGUAUACAAAAUGAAAGGUUGGCUGACAAGUGUGGACUACUCCGAUGUUGAAGUUGGAACUGUUGAAUCAUUCCAAGGAAAGGAGAAGCGAGUGAUCUUAGUGUCCACAGUACGAGCUAACUGCAGGCUCCUGGAUUACGACGCCAAGUACAGUCUGGGCUUCCUGGCUGAAGACAAGCGUUACAAUGUAACCCUUACGCGAGCUAAAGCCAAGCUGGUUAUAAUCGGGAAUCCGGCCUGUUUGACGCGCGACGUAAAGUGGAGGAAGUAUAUGUCGGUGUGUCAGCAGUAUGGCACGUACUACGGCCGUGAGAACGAACAGCUGGCGAGGGAUUCGCGGUUACUGAUAGAAGUGGCCAAGACGAGGUUCCGGAAGUGCCGCCUGCUGGCCUAUCUGAAAAAAAAUGAAGACGAAGUGAAAAAGGAAACGAAGUUCCAUAAUGGGUUUAAAUAAUUGAAAUAACAUUGAAAUAAAUAACAAUAAUUGAAAUAACAAAUUAAUCUUGAAAUAACAUUUUUCUAUGACUGUUAUACAAUUAAUCAUACUAAUCUUAGGGUUUAGAAACUUUUCAAACUAAUAUUCUAAAAUAUUUUUUAUCUGCACACUAUUCUGUCUGUUUCCUUUAAACAUAUAAUAUGUUAAUAAUGAUUAUUAAUGGCUUAUAUGUUAUAUUUUAUAAUCUGUCUUCUUUUUUCUAUCUUCUUACCAAUUUUUUUCUAAUGAAAGUGUCUGUCUAAUUCAUUUGUAGUUAAAAUAAUUGUUUUUAUUAUAUAAUAAUGAGAGUAAGAUUAUUCUAUUUUUAAAUCCGAAUUUUAUAUGUAUAUCAUUAUAAUAUAAGUGUAAAUUUUUAUUUACGGAUUAGGGUUGGUAGUGAUCUUUACCUACUAUGAUGGUGCUCAAGCGAGUUUCGACUGUCUUUAACAUUAUUUUUGUAAGGCUUAUAUUGUCUGACGAUUAUUAUAGUAUGAAAAUGUCUAUAAACUGUAGAAAUCGUUUUUAAUAGUAUUUCUGUGAUAUAAAUUUUAGACGGCUCCUUUUGGAAUGAGGUAAAGAAAAAGAAAUGACUAUUUGGAUAUUAAUAUGAUUAUUUUUCUAAUCUUUAUUUUAUAUAAAAUGUUUUAUUUGAAUAUUAUUUUCUUUUAUAAAUAAAUAAAAAUAAUAAAAUGAUUAUUGAUUUUGAUACUAUAUUAUAUAUUGUAGAAUAUUAUUACGCAAGAGAUUGCAACUAAAUGUGAUAGCUGUUUUUCCUAUGAUUUAAAAUGAUCGGAAGAUAAUUAAAUAUAACAUCCAGAGCAUUUGAAUCAUUAGAGAGAACUGUUAUAACAGAGAUAGUUUAAGAUAAUAAUUAGUUUUAAGUGACAAUGCUAAGUACAUCACACUCAAUUUGGACAUAUAUUUAAACAUUCAUUGAUACUCUCGUAAUUUCCACCAAAAUAAUACAUAAUGUUUAAAUAUAGUCACAAUUGUGUUAGACUAAGCUGAAUAAAUUAGUAAGAGUUAUCAUGAAAUGUGUUAUAUUAGUAUUAUUACGAAACGAUUGAUUUAAUAUUCAUAAUAUAUCGACAUAUAUGUAGAUUGACUUAGAACAGAUUGCAAUUAUAACAUUUGACCAGUAUUUGGUUCCUUAGUGACCAGCCUUGAUAAAAGCAAGUGUACACUAGACCUAUUUGAUCUUUGUGCAUAAAUAAAUCUAUGAAACUUUUAAAAGAUAAAAAAUAUAGUGUACACAUGGUUCAAAGAUUGUCUAUGACAUUAAGUCCAUACGGUUACAAUGUUCAAUUCCACUUAAAGGUAUCAAAUUAUAUAUCAGUUUGUUUUUAAAAAUAUAAAUAUACAAUUAUACGUAAUGCUAUUUGACUGGUGGAAUCUUUGCACUUGAUUGGUAUAAUGCCAUAGUAUAUUUUAACUAACCAAAAUAUAUCUGUACAAAAAUAUACUGUAAAUUUUAAGAUCUUCGUAAUAAGUGAUUGUCACUCGAAUGAAAUAAAAUAUUUUUAUAGAAUAA